CUUUCCCGUUUAAAAGAAACAAAACAAACCAAAAACACGAUGUAUAUCCUGGUGUUUUCUGUAGAGUAGCUGCCUGUGGAGACGGUGCGCUCAGGAGGGGGAGCAAAUGCGCCUCUUGCCAUGACUGCUGCCGGGGAGCAGAGCUUUCAGGUGGCGUUGAUCUUGUUGUGCGUCGCCCAGCUGACCGCAGGUCUGAAGUGUGUGUUCGCCAGCGCCAACUAUACCUGUGAGACGGCCGCAGACGGAGCCUGCUGGAACUCUGUGAUGCUGAUUGAUGGGAAGGAGGAGACGGUCAAAUCCUGCAUCUCCCCCUCCCAGAUGAAGGGUCAACUUUUCUGCUACAGCUCCAAAAACGUUUCCAAGAGGAACUGUUGCUUCACCGACUUCUGCAACAAUGAGACCCUGCACCUGCACCGAGAGAGGCCUUCAGAGGAGCCGGGCUGGAGCAGACUGCAGCUCACAGUGGUGAUCCUGGUGCCCUCCUGCUUGCUGUGUGUGGGGAUCCUGGGGGUGUGUGUCGUGCAGGGACACCAUUGUGCCUGUGGCCGAGCCCAUAAGCAAGACCCCGAGGAGCCCCUGGAUGAUCAGAUGCUCAUGUCUCCUGAUAAAUGCCUCAAAGAGCUGAUUUUUGACAUGAGCACAUCUGGCUCAGGGUCAGGUCUACCACUGCUGGUCCAGAGGACUAUUGCUCGGACCAUCGUCCUGCAGGAGACCAUUGGGAAAGGUCGCUUUGGUGAGGUCUGGCGUGGCAAGUGGCGGGGGGAGGAUGUAGCUGUGAAGAUCUUUUCCUCCCGGGACGAGAGGUCCUGGUUCCGGGAAGCAGAAAUUUAUCAAACUAUCAUGCUCAGGCAUGAAAAUAUUCUUGGCUUCAUUGCUGCUGAUAACAAAGAUAAUGGCUCAUGGACCCAGCUCUGGUUGGUGUCAGAGUACCAUGAGCACGGCUCCCUGUAUGACUACCUGAACAGGUACACAGUCUCAGUGGAGGGCAUGGUUGUUUUGGCUUUGUCUGUAGCCAGUGGACUGGCACACCUUCACAUGGAAAUCAUUGGCACACAAGGAAAACCCGCGAUCGCUCACAGAGAUCUAAAGUCUAAAAAUAUUCUUGUGAAGAGGAAUGGAACGGCAGUCAUCGCAGAUUUGGGCUUAGCUGUUAAACAUGAUUCCAGCACAAACACCAUAGACAUACCGUCUAACCACAGAGUGGGCACUAAGAGGUACAUGGCUCCAGAGAUCCUGGAUGAGUCGAUCAACAUGAACAACUUUGAGUCAUUUAAGAGAGCAGACAUCUAUUCGCUUGGCCUGGUGUUCUGGGAAUUAGCCAGAAGAUGCUCUGUAAGAGGACUUCAUGAAGAUUUUCAACUGCCUUACUAUGACAUGGUGCCUUCAGAUCCAUCCAUUGAGGACAUGAAAAAAGUUGUAUGUGAUCAGAAACUCAGACCAAACAUUCCCAAUCAGUGGCAGAGUUGUGAGGCUCUGCGUGUGAUGGGAAAACUGAUGAGAGAGUGCUGGUAUGCCAAUGCUGCUGCGCGACUGACUGCGCUGCGAGUCAAGAAAACUGUGUCUCAACUGUCUGCAAUCAAAGACAUCAAAGACUAGUUUGGCUUGCUGCCCUGCAGAUCAUGACUGGUGCUGGCACUGGUGUCAUGAGAUACACCUGGAAAAAGCAGAAUUUGAAAUACAUUUUGUUUUUGUUGCCAAAGGUUUGUAUAAAGUGGGGCAUCGGUGGAAGGUUUCUGUAAAGACAUUGAGGCAACUGACAUUCCUUUUUAUAGAAAGAGCCAUGCGACAUAAGUCAUGUUAAAUGUGAUUUUUUUGCUACCUCAACAUUUGAAGUGCCCAAAGCUUGAAGUUGCACAUUGUUGUGUUUUUGUGCCGUUGUUCUUUUCUGUUUGUUUUAUUUGCUAUCAGAGUGCUGCUGGGUUGUCGUAUUGCUUAGUGACAAUCUCCGGAAAUAUCUUCUCAUCUUAAGUGUUUACUGACACAUACAGAUUUUCCCUGAAAAUAUGAAGUGUUUUUGCACAGGUAGAACA